AUGUGCUCCACAGCUCAUAGCUUCUUUGCUUCCGAUCAAAACUAUGCAAAAUUUCUACAUGCUUUUACCAUACUUGAACUUUUCAUUCACUCUUUCGGAGCAUACAUCAUUAUUGUAAAAACGCCGAAAAGGCUGGAAACCGUGAAAGCGAGCAUGCUAUUUCUACACUUUGUUGGAGCAUUUGUCGAUGUAUAUUUCAGUGUUCUCAUUAUGCCAGUCCUACAUUUGCCUGUUUGUGGAGGCCAUCCGCUCGGGUUACUUUCAUUUUUCGGGGUUCCAGUCUUAUUGCAAACUUAUGUGGGGCUUUCUUUACCUGCAGGUCAGUUUGUCUUCAAGAAAAUUGAUGUAUCAUUCAAACUUGAAAGAGAACUCUAAUUUUUCAGUAAUAGUCGCGACCAUUGUGGUGUUUCUGGAAGAUCGUCGAUAUCGGUUGGUUAACGGUCAAAAGUCAAGCAAAACAGAAAAUGGUAUCAGUUAUUGUUUGUUACAUCAAGUUAUGUUUCUGCUACCAUGUACCCUGCGCCCGUAUUCGUUUUCCUUCCCGAUCAAGAAGAUGGUAGACUUAUAUUGAAAAGUGUAAGUUAAAUAAUUAUAUUACAAUAUUUUUCCUAAAUCAAUGCGAGAAAAAGAAAUCAAAACGUUUCUGUUGCAGAAAAGUCAGUGUAUUCCAACCGAUGUUUUCGAUCAUCCAAACUUCUUUUUACUCGAUCUCAGUGGUAACAAUAUUGCCACUUGCAUGUUAUUCUUAAUGAUUAUUCUCAUAUCUCAACUGUUGAUGCAAUUUGGGUUCAUUUUCCGCCAUUUGCUUGUUAUUAUUGAUCAUUAUUCUUUUUUGCCAAAUGAUGUUUCAAUUCGGGCUGAUUUUCCGUCAUUUGCUCAAAAAUACUCCCGUCUCUAGAAGCACAAUUCGAUUACAGAAGCAAUUUUUUAUCGCAAUGAGCAUGCAAGUUAUCCUUCCUAUUGUCAUAAUUGCUUUUCCAGCUUGCUAUAUUCUUUUUUCUGCCUCCUUCCUAUAACCCCCAUCUUGCCACACACACGCGUUUCUCGAUGUUCAAAAAAUGUUCAAAAAAAUGUUCAAAAAUUGUUCAAAAAAAAUGUCACACAACUUUGAACGUUCACAUCUCGGCUCUCACUGGACCGAAUUUUGAAAUUCUUUUUUUUCCACAUUCACAAAAUAUAGCGACGUGUGUUCAUCUAAAAGGAGGUUGAUUUUGGAGCAUCCUGUCGGCUCCACAAGCGGAAAACCACACCCUGCUUGUUUUUACGCGCACCGAAGUACUGGCCGAAAGCCACUUUAAAUUGAAGGAAAAUUCGAGUUUCAGUUCAAAACGUUUGAGACUCGAAACUUAAGUUCUCCUUUUCAAUACCUAUCCACUGUAUCUAAGCUCAUUGUGAUAUCUCUAUUCGUUAUUUUUAAAACGAUAAUUAAAGUUUUUCCAAAAUUUCUGUACCUCCCCCCUUUUCUCACACACACACACCCACCUCCCCCUUUCAUAUUUGGUGUGAUUCGGUCAGUUUUUCACCAUUGUUUCGAUCAAAUCUCCGUUAGUCUUGCUCUUUUUUCAAAUUUUUUUUUGGAAAAAUGUUUAUCACAUCGAGAGGAAGCGGAAAAUCUAAUUUUGUCUUUCAAAAAAGGUGGAUAAUCGUCUCAAAAAUCGACAAAAUGAACAUUUUUCCUAAACAUUUUUGAUUUUCCUUCAAAAAUCACAAACUUUCCACUAUCGUUCCGGUUUUUAUGUUAAAUUUGAAGUUAAUAGAGUGAUUAAAAAUGGAAUCUCAAAUAACAGCUUGAUCCGAUCAUUUUUCGCGGAGAUAGGUUAUUAAUUUUUUGCACAUGGAAAUCCAGUUUUCCUCUGUUCCUGAACAAGUUUUCAACUAUUCUUUUGAUUUUAUCUUCUAAUUUUAUUAAUUUUCACUAAAGCAAGGUAGACAAACUAAAUUUGGUCGGUCCUGACAACUUUCAGCACAAUUGUGGAAGUGUUGAGCUUCCAGGCCUUCCCAGGAGGUGAUAUGUUUCAAUUUUUGUUGUUUCUUUAAAAUAAUAACCGUUGUAUUAUUCUACUUUUCACGCCAAUUUCAAAAAUAAUUUUAUUUUUUUGAAACUCUCACUCUGAGCAAAGUUAUGACGGAUUGAAGUUAUAGUGCAUAACUCCUCACAGGCCGCCUCUUCUCACAAGAGGGUGCAUGCGUGCGGGUGGCUGGAAAAUGUUUUCUUCCCAAAAAAACAUAGAAAGGCACUCUUACUCUAAGAAUAUUCAGUUCACUUUGAACAUAUACUUCAGGCAUUGCAGGCCGGAGGCCUGCUGCGCGAUUACAACUGUUUCAAGCCCAGAUUGUCUGGAUGGAGUGCCGCAGGCACUCUUACUCUUAGAAGACGCAGUCAACCUUAAAUCAUUAUUCCUAAUAACCAGGUUUGAGGGCCGCAGGCCCGAACACUUUUGAAAACUGUGGGCUGGCUUUAAUUCUAUUCCAAGCAGAGCAAGCUGUAGGCCUGCGACGCAGUUGUUUGUUACUCAAACCUAACAACCAGGUUUGAGGGCCGCAGGCCCGAUUACUCUUGGAAACUGUGGGCUGGCUUUAAUCCUAUUCCAAUCAAAGCUGUUAUUCACUCAAGCCUAAUAACCAGGUUUGAGGGCCGCAGCCUCGAAUCUGAAUAGCCAGGUUUUCUAAACAUAUACCCCACUCCCGAAAUAAUUUUAAGGAGAUCUCGAAUAACCCAUAACAGGUUCGAGGCGAAGCCGAGAACCUGCGCCAGCUACCUUGCCAAUAACUUUAGAGCGAAUUAACCCUAUCCCCAUUCCCGAAGGGCUGGCGGGCCCAUAGGCCCGCUAGUCAAUUUUAUCUCGUUAUUAUAAUCAAGGUACUUUGUUUGAAACAGCAUGAACAUCAUUUCACAAUUCCAGGCGCAACCAACAUAGCGUUCAUGAUAAUGUCCAUACAUGGAGUGUUAUCCACUUUGACAAUGCUCAUGGCAUACAGACAUUAUAGAGAAUCAAUUUUGGAAAUGUUGAAUCUGAAUUUCAACCGGUCAGGUGGCAGUGCUCAACGUAUUUGGAAGAUUUCAAAAAGGACAAUCACCCGAUUUUGA